UUACUAGCAAGCUGGAGGUUAAACCAACCUCUUAUAAGAGUUACAGAGGCUGGGUGGCCAUCUAUUGGGAGGGCUUUGACUGUGUCUUCCUGCCUGGCUGAAGGGGGUUGGACUGGAUGCCCUUCCUGGGCUGCUUCCAGUGGAGUAGGGAGAGCAAUGUUAAUGCGACACACCUGUGGACUGCAGGUGACACACUAGUGUGUUCCAACACACUGUUUGGAAAGUUCUGGUAUAGUUAACUGCUUUGCUGGGUUCAGAGCUGCUUGGUAACUGAUCUAGAAGCAGCAGAAUCACAGGAGUGUGUUUGUGUGUGGUGUGCAAGUGUUGUUCCUGUGAGGGGACACAAGAGGCUUCACAUUCCUGGAAUCUCCUAUUUGCUUCACAUUCAUGUGCUUCUUUCCUUCCUCCUUUCAUUCCUUCUCGCUUGCCUUUCAACAGUCCCUUCUGUCCCUCUGCAUUCCAGACUUCCUUUCCCUUUAUUUCUUUCCUUCUUCCUCAGUCUCCCCCUCUUCACCUUUCAAGGCGGAGAAUUUACCUUUUGUAGUGGUCCUUUCUUCCAGAAAGUGAACAUCUUUGACUCACAGCCCUAAAGCUGAGGGAAAGAAAGACUUGCUGGGAUCCUCGGUUUCACCAACUUCACAGGUUUUGCAGAAGCUCCAGGAAACAUUAGGAGAAAUGCCACCACACCUGAGGAUAUGUUUCUUGCUGGUUUUAAUGAGUCAGGCAGAAGCUACAAGACAUCAGGACAUUGGUCAAGACCUGUCACCACAACUACAAAACAUUGUGGAAGAAGUUAUGGCUGGAAAUUAUCUCAAUGCUCUCCUUGAUAUCCUUCAUUACCAAAGCACUCAUAUGUGGACAACCGAACUCCUUAACAAAGUCUUGGCAUACUUUGAUGCUCAGAAUAUUAUAGUUACUUAUAGCAACAUACAGGCUUCUGUUAAAACUUAUCUGGAAAACCUCUUAUACCACCCCAGAGUGCUACUGUCUGAAUUUCAACAAAUGAAUCUUCAGCGUUUCCAGACUGCAAUGAAAUAUCUCUUUGGCAACAAGCAGGAAUAUUUGGAGUUGGGAAAUGUUGUUAUCGACCUGGCUGGGAUAAGAGAGAGAAUUUUCCAAAGUCCAGGAGGAAACCGAACAUUAUUCCUCACUACUUUGGAGAGGUGCUUUCAGAGUUUGAGCUCCGCAGAAUGUGUGAACAUCCUGAGCCAGAUCCUCCGGGCAUCUUCCAUUAUGUACCUCCAAGUCCACACCAUCCCAAACCUCCCCAAAGACCUUCAAGAAGAUGCUUUUCGAAACCUAUCAUCAGUAUUCAGAGAUCUAUAUGACAGGAUAACUGCAAGUUCACAGAGGGCUCUAUAUGACUGGAUGAUGCAGAUCCUACAAAAAUCCUACAAUAUCAGUGAGAAUGCCACUUCAUGGGUGAGUGCAGAAAACCUAUGGAUUCUAGGAAGAUACAUGGUUCAUCUCCCACUCGAAGAAAUUUGGAAAAUUCACCCUAACGAAAUGAGAUUGUUCAUCAGUUAUGACAAUGCAACAAAGCAACUCGAUACCGUAUAUGAUAUCACCCCAGACCUUGCACAAGCUUUCUUGGAAAGAAUAAACGCAUCAGGAUUUGACAUGAAAAACAUAUCAACACUUUAUAGAUUAGGCUUGUUGGUUUGUUUUUACAAUGACCUGGAACAGAUGGAUGCCAAUGUAGCUCGGGUUUUACUUCAUCAGAUGAUUAAAUGCAACCAUCUAAGAGGGUCCCAGGCUGACAUUCAGAAGCUCAAAUCCCAGCUGCUUGACCUUGCCCUGCAAAACCAGACGCUGAAUGAGUCCCUUGGCUCCCUCUCGGACGCGGUGGUAGGACUUAGCACCAACCAGCUGGAUUCUCUCUCCCCGGAGGCUGUGCACAACGCGAUCCAAACAUUAAACCAGGUUUCAGGGUGGGCGAGAAGCCAAAUCAUGAUUCUAUCCAGGAAAUAUCUGAUGUAUGAAAAGAUACUCUCACUUCAUAAUAUCAGCCAGAUGGGUGCUUUGGUGACCGGGAUAAGCACUCAGUCUUUCCACAGUAUGAGCCCCAAAGAGCUGUCUCAGUUAAUCAGAGGAGCAUUAGCUGAACGUGCUUCCGAUUUAUCUCCAGCCCAGCGCCAAGGCAUCCUCCGCAAGAUUAUUGCAUCCACAGAACUAUCAUCCGUGUUUGCAGAUAUGCAAGGACCCUUUUUUAAGGAGCUGUCGCUUUUUGAUUUGUGGACGGGAGAGGGAUUCAACUCUUCCCUAGUGAAAGAAAGGGAACUGAGGCCGAGUCAGGCCUUAUUCCUGUAUGAAUUAUUAUCAAAGAAGACACCUCUUUCUGAGCUCUUAAGCAUCGACCAAAUGGUGAAAGGAAUAACAUGCUGGCAAAUUGACAGAAUGAGUCCAAUCACCUUUGUCAAUGUUUUCAAAUAUUUUGAAAAGAAUCUCCACUUGCUUUCACCAUAUCAGAUCAGUUGUAUGGCUUGGAAAUACUGGACGAUCUCUAAUAUAUCCACACCUCCCUACUUGUUAGCUCUGCUUCCUCCUGAGUAUCUGGAAGCCAUUACAGGAUCGCUCUGUGUCCCUUUCAUAACCAGCCUAAGGAAGAUUGAACUUGAUCGUCUCGUUUUAAAUGAGCAGAAGAAAAAUGCAAUUCUGCAAAAAGUCCAUAACUGCCUGAAUGGCUCCAUCGUUGAUGAAUAUGACCUUGACUUGAUUGGCAACCUCAUCUGCCAUUUAUCCCCAGCAUUAAUUUGUGUGGGAUCAUUGGAGACAAUGGCCACAGCCCUUCAACAGUUUGGACAAUGCCAGCAUCUCAGCCAUGAACAGGAGAUGGACAUUAAACGCUGGAUCAUUGAUUUGUAUGGUUCUCCGAGAAACUGGACGACUGAGACAACACAAGACAUUGGUCCAUUUAUAGCUCUUUUGACAAAGACUGAUUUGAGCAUCCUUGUGGAAAAGUUUCCUGGUUUCAUAUCAGAUAUCGCAUCAAAGAAAUCUGGACCAGUUCCUCCGUCUGAAGAGCUCUUGUUGGCUUAUUUUGAAUGGGUUCGCAACUCUAGCAUCCCAUUUAGUGCGCCAAACGGAACCUUUGGUUGUGCAGAGGUUGCAGCACCUUCCUCAGAUGAGAUUAUGAAACUGUCAGAAGCAAAUAAGUUUUGGUCAGAUCAGGAAUUGUUUUGCAUGGAUCCAGGCACUUUCAAUAAGACUGUGGAACUCCUUGGCUCCGUGGGCAGUUUGAGUGCAUCACAGCUUACUGUGCUAAAAGAGAAAGCUAAGCAGGUCUGGGGCCCAUUAACAAGCUGGCAGAAUUAUCACAUAGUUUCUCUUGGGCGGAUUGCCACCACAUUAAAUGAGACUGAAAUUGGAGCUCUCAAUCUAAGUUCAAUUGAUACUAUCGCUGCCCUUAGUGAGCAGACAGAAUGGAACCCUUCACAGACCCAGUCCAUUUUACAUGGCUUUCUGGAAGACUCUGGACAAGAGAUGUCCACUUUGAAAAGCUUUGAUUUGGCAGGACUGGGUGCCAGCCUGUGUGCCCUGAAUUCUACAGAGAUUGCAGCCAUAAAUGCGAAUGAAUUCAGUGCUGUCGUUGCAAGAAUUGGCUCUUUGUUGUGUAGCUCAAUUGUCCUGGAAAGUUUUAAAAAGAAAGCAGAGUCUGUAUUCGGGAUCGCUGCAACCUGGGAUAAAUCUAUCCUGCAGGAGAUUGGUACCAUCGCAGCGGGUUUAAAUGACACAGAAUUAAAAGCUGUUGAUAAAGAAUUGAUGCCUUAUUUCCACCCCAGAGCAAUAAAAUGUAUCCCUGAUGAAAUGUUCAAAGAGCUGUCUCCCGAGCAGUUAGCCAGUCUUGGCCCCACAAAUGCAGCCAUGGUGACAGAAUCACAGCACCGACAUCUAAAUGAGCUGCAGCUUCAGAGUCUUCAGCAGGCAUUGGAUGGAACCAGAAGAAGCACCAACCAGUCUCCAUUUGGGGAAAGUACAAUCAAACCAACAUAUACCUCUGUUCUGAGUGGUGCUUCGUUUUCAUGUCGAUUAAGUCUCUGGGUACUGGCUGUAUUCAUCUGGUAUCCUGCAUCCAUACCUACUGUCACAGUUUAAAGGAAACUUUCAGUGGUCCAUUGAAGAAGAAGCGUCGUAGUGGAGAGUGUUCUUCCAGAACACUUUCUGGCCCAAUGGAGGUUGAUAAUGCUGCAGAUGUUCCUCUUGAAAACAGUUUUUAUGCCUGUCGUACUUUAAACCUGCCACUUCACAUCAUGCUUUCAACUCAUCACGGAUAUUGCCUUUAUGCUUUUAAACAUGCUUUAAAAAUCUUUUAUUCAAGGGACACCCUUUUAGGAUUCAUUGUGCUGCAUAUGCUAACGGUUUCUUUUUUUUAGCAGCACUGAUUUUGUAACUUUUUUUAUUCUGUCAAUAUUGUAUACAUGCUACUAUAUAUCCUCCCCCCUCAAAAAAAUAAAGUCUUGACUCUAUAUAUAAAAAUUAUAACUAGAUUCCUUGA